UUUUGAAUAAACACAAAUUCACCUUCUGCUUCUGCCUUCUACAAACCAAUACUACUACAAAGUAUAAACCCUGGUUAGAAACCCUAGAACCUCAAGUCUGUUUGUACAUCCAUGGCCAAGAAGACCAAAUCAUCCCCUUCUUCUUCUUCUAAGCCUCAACCAGAAAAACCCACCUCCAAAAAACUCAAAAAAAUUAAAAAGACUAAGAAAAAAGUCAUAGAAGAAGAGCACAACAAUACUAAAGAAAAUCAAGAAUCAUUGGAAGCUGAGGCCACCAAAAAACCCAAAAAGAUCAAGAAAAUCAAGAAGAAAGUCAUAAAGGAACAAGACUACAAUACUGAAGAAAAUCAAGAGUUACAAGAAAUGAUACAAGAAUCAUUGGGAGAUGAGGCACUCAGAAAACCCAAAAAAAUCAAGAAAAACAAGAAGAAAGUCAUAGAAGAACAAGACUACAAUACUGAAGAAAAUCAAGAGUUACAAGAAUUAUUGGGAGAUGAGGCACACAAAAAACCCAAGAAAAUCAAGAAGAAAGUCAUAGAAGAACAAGACUACAAUACUGUAGAAAAUCAAGAAUUACAAGAAAUGUUACAAGAAUCAUUGGGAGAUGAGGCACUCAAAAAACCCAAGAAAGUCAAGAAAUUCAAGAAUAAAGCCAUAGAAGAACAAGAUUACAAUACUAAAGAAAAUCAAGAAUUACAAGGAAAUCUAAAAGACUCAUUUGAAGAUGAGGCCACGAAGAGGGAGACACUGAAAGAGCUGCUCCAGCCACUCAGCAAAGACCAAAUUAUUGAAUUUCUCAAGUUUGCAGUUUUAGAAGACAAGCAGUUGCUUUCCAGGAUCACCCAGUUGUCGGAUUCUGACCCAGUUCACCGCAAGCUAUUCGUGCACGGUCUAGCUUGGGACACCACCUCGGAACAGGUUUUAUCGGUUUUUGAUCAGUUUGGGGAAAUUGAGGAAUGUGGUGUGCCUGUUGAUAAGGCCGGGCGUGCUAAGGGGUUUGCAUUUGUGCUUUAUAAGACUCGUGGGGCGGCGGAGAAUGCACUUAUGGAGCGGCAGAAGAGAAUUGGGAAUCGGGUGAUUUAUUGUCAGUUGGCAUCGGAUGGACCUGUUGGGGGGAAUUCGGGUGGGGAUGAGGGUGGUAGGAAGGUGUUUGUGGCCAAUGUGGCACCUUAUGUGGACCCGGAAAGGAUUAGGAUGUUUUUUGAGGAGUUUGGGGAAUUGGAGGAAGGGCCGACAGGGAUGGAUCCAGUGACUGGGAAGUUUAGAGGGUAUUGUUUUUUCGUUUAUAGGAGUAGUGAAGGGUGUAGUAAGGCGUUGGAGGAGCCUGUUAAGAUGUUUGAGAAUUGUCGGUUAGAGGUUCGUCUUGCUACGGAUAAUUUUAGGAAUAGUAAGAAUCAGACGGGUGGAUUGAAUAAUGUAGCUGCUGGUUUUGGUUGUUCUCCGAGUAAUGUUGGUGGUGGUAAUUUGGAUUAUAAUGUGGGUGUUAACCCAGGAUUUUAUGGGAGUCCAGCUGGGAUGGGUCAUAAUUCGGGAUAUGGUUCGGCUAAUCAGAUGAUGAUUCCUUCUAUGAAUCAGAAUGGGAUAGCCACGCCUAUUGGGGCAAAUCUUCAAACUUUUGGGUUCGGUGCAAAUUAUGGGAUUAACAGUGUUAGCCCAAGCGCGAUUGCUAGUUAUGGCUCUUUACCUGGGUUGGGAGGUUAUCAAGCUCAGCUAGGAAAUUCUUCUGCAGGUUCAACAGCGGGUACAAGGCCUGAAUCUUCUGGGCAUUGGUCACACUUUAACCUCUAGGUACAUGUAAAUCACAGUCUCUGGAGAGAGUUGUCCAGUUGUGCUAAAAUGGAAAUUUAGUUUUGUUUCAAGUGUACUACUAAAUAGAGGUAAAGGUUAUGAAGUAUUUGACGAAUCAAUAUAUCUCAAACUUUGCCAAUGCUUUUGCAUCGUAUGUUGUUCUGUCUAGUGUUGGGUUUUGAAUUCUUUCUAGCUAUUUUUCUGGUUAUGAGAUGAAUUGGACUUGCUCAAUUAGGAGAUGCCGGAAACAAACCUGCUUUUUUUUACCAUUGCUACUUUCAAUUUACAAGUGUUUCUGUGAGUACAUUUAAAGCUUAUACACAUGUUGAGUGAAUA